AAAGAAGAAAAGUUACACUCCACUACCUCCACACCUUCCUGCCGCUGCCACAGCGUUCUGUUACAGUUUCGACCAUGGACCCCGAGUACUUCCAAUCUCAUAACAUGUGUUGGGGAACCCUCGGAACGGUGCGACCCUUCCCCAAUUUCCACGCCGAGAGGGAUGUGGUGGAGAUCCAGGCCGCCCUGGACAGUAAAGAUGCGGUGACCCUGGUGAGGAUCCUAACCAAUCGGACCAACGCUCAGAGGCAAGCGAUCGCCGACGCCUUCGAAGAAUUGACGCAAAAGGACCUGGCAGCUGGUCUGAAGAAGGCUCUGUCUGGAGACGUGGAGGUGCUGCUGCUGGAGCUGCUGAUGCCGCCUCUGCACUACGAGGCUUACCGCCUGCAGCAGGCCAUGGUGGGUUUAGGCACAGAUGAGAAUACACUGCUGGAGAUCCUGUGUACACAAUCCGGAGAGAAGCUUCGAGAAAUCAACGCCACGUACAAACAACUGUUCAAGAAGGACCUGGAGAAUGAACUGAAAGGAGAAACCAGCGGAGACUUCACAAAGCUUCUUGUGGCUUUGUUGAAUAAACAUGAUGUUCCAAGUGCAGUUCAAAGAGAUAUUGAGUCUCUCUGUGCUUCGCUGAAUGGGGAAAAAGUAGAAACGGGCCCGUGGAUUACCAUCCUGACCUCCAGAGACUCAAACCAUCUCAACGAAGUGCUUGAGGGCCUGGAGCUGCAGAGAGGACACGUGGUGGAUCGGGUUCUGGAGAAGAGGUUUAAGGGAGACCUCCAAAUGGGUUUGAAGGUUUUAGUGCAGUGCAUCAGAAACCCCGACCUCUACCUCGCCAGGAGACUAGUGAACACGAAGGUAGGACGCACGAGAGCAAAUGAUGAAUGGAUGAAGUGAGUGAUCGUUGCACUUUAAGACGUCUCAUUAACACACCACUUGACGAUUUAAUCAAGUAAUUGUUCAGGAAGUGUUUUUUUAUAUUCUUUUUACACGACAGUCAUCACAAAUACUCUAUAUAUACUUGUACAGAUGCAGAAUCUUUUUUUUGUAGUUCUUAAUUUGUCAAAUGUAUGUUGUCUAAAUGUUCUUUAUUGUUGGUAACUGUUGACUGUUUGAAAUGUAUUCAUUACUUUAUCACUUUAUUACUAUCAUUUCACUUUAUGUCGGACAAAAAGAGACAAACUUAUUUUUUAUUUUCUGUAUAUUCAACAUUGGAAAAAUAAGAAUAAAGAUAACUUUGAACUUUAAAAAUAAAUGAACACGAUUUGUAUUGUCCUGCAUACGCUGUGUAUAAUAAUCUAAUAUAAUAAAUGAAAUCCCUUCCUGUAACUGAGCGGUGUAGAUACAUCUGCCUCUUGCCUAAGAUCAGAGAAAAUAACCAUGAAGGCAUGAUGCAUUCAGUUUGUAGUUUUUGCUUCUUUUUUUCGCAUUAUGAGACAGGAAUUCACAAAGAAAAGAUAUCUGCCUUUUUCUUCUAAAUUAACGAGAUAUGUUUAGUUCAAUCGAGUAAAUGAAAACUUCUCUACAUCCUGGAAAACAGGGUAGAAUUAUAAUUGUUUUCACGUAAAUACCUUCACAACGAAUUUUGAGAUAAUAAUCCUGUUGAUUAAUAAAAAAACAGAACACAUUUUUCUUUAUCAAGUGAAUGCAUUACCUUUAGGAAAUCAUCAAGCUUCUGAGAUUUUUUUUUUAGAAAGAAGUUCACACAGAAAACAUUUCACUGUUUCAGACCCCGAUACUGCAGGGCGUUAUGGUUUCUCACGCGGAGGAAGACCUGCUGUGUAUCCGGGCGGCCUACCUCAAAUUAACGGGCACGUCUCUCUACACUGCUCUACAGGUGGGUCCCACACAAUGUGCAAAACACGCAUUAAAAUAUUUACAUAAGUGCUUGGACUACUUUAUUUUUUUUAAAUGUCCAAAUGAAAUGUUUCUUAUUUCUUUAAUCGGAGAAAAAAGUAUAAUCCUGUUUUACAUGUGAACUUUAUCUCUUUUCAACAGAAACAAUACAAAGGAUAUCAUCUACAGGCUCUGCUGGCCAUCUGUCGAUCCGAAGAUUAAACAAAACCUACACACAUUUUGAGUAGCUGUGUAUCUUUAUAGUUAUUUUUUUUUCUCCCUUUACUCAAGUAUGUUGUAAUAACUGUAUGUUCUAUUUCAUAUUUUAUGUAAUCUCAUUUGAUUUUUAAUGCUUUGCGCAUGCUCGUAAUAAAUUUAACAAAUACAUUGCAAUCAAAUGUAAAUAAACAAGUGAUGUGGGAAUUGUUUUUAUUACUUUUUUACAUCUGCCUUUUUUAUCGUUUCACUUUAUCAUGAACAGUAUUUUUUUUCCUAUUUUUUUAACAGAGCCACGGUACCCAUUUUCACAAUAUUACUUGUCUUUUUUUAAUUAAAGUUAUUUUAGAUGUAUUGUAAAUAUAUUAUUACAUUUUCACAUAGGCAGGAUAACAAUCAAAUUUUUUUCUGAAUUAACAAGAUACAUCAGAAUUUUAAUC